AAUGCAAGCAGGCUUAGUGCGACAUAAAACGGUUUAAUUCAAUCACUGGCCAUUCAACGAAUAGACAAAGUAUCUAGGGCUUAAAGUCUAAUAGGGAUUUGGGGAUUUUUUAAUUAAUUUGUAUAUGUUGGUGAUGGUGUUAAUGGUUUUUACAUUUACAGUCUGAUUAAUAAGCUUGUACAACUUCCUAAUUCAGGUUGUAUCAGUGAUGCUUAUCUUAGUUUUCUGUUUUAAAUAUCAUGCAUACUUUGCUCUCAGUCCAAUUCCACAAUGCUAAAUGCAUCUCUUCUGGCGAGAUGAUACUUAACAAUACAUUAUUUGAGGAGAUUGUUUUCUUGUGUGUCUCUAGUAGUGAAUAGGUCUGUCUCCCUGGGAGCGAGGCAUCGGGGAAGGACAUAGGCUGGAGAGAAAGAGGGCAGGGAGAGGGAGAGAGGAGGGAUUGUCAAAAGGAGCGCCUGCUACGAGGACCGGGAGCUGAGAGGCUGCUGACACACCGACAGCGACCGCCACAGAUAACAGACGCGUCCACCGAUGCCCGGCUUUUUUUCUUUCCAAGGUAGCAUGCCACUUUGUUUAAAGUUAGCGAACAAUCGAAAGAGUUUUUAAGGGAUUAUUUUGUUAAGGGGGUGAGCGGCGCUCCAGCCUUUUGAACAUCUGGAAUCUGGUUUCAAAGCUCCGCGUGACUCCGCAGCCCGAGAGAAAGUUGCACAUCCUUUCUGUUUUAACCCUGGAUCCUGCAGCUGAAGUCCAUCGCGUUUAGUACAGACCCUGAGUGUGUGUGAGGUCUGACGGCCCGCACCCAAGCUCACACCCCGACGAGACCCCUCCGGCCCGCCUGACCCCGCCCCCCUCCCCCCCUCCCCCCCUCCUCACGCGAGACAAAGGGGGGCGGAUCGGGAAUCCUCCGUCGGCUCUCAAUGGACCUCCACAGGCCCUUCAAGAUGGACAGCCCCUCCUACCUCCCUCCCCCGCUGGCGUCCCCCGCCCUCAUGGUGCUGGCCUCCACCGCCGAGGCGGGCCGCGACGCCUCCGUGCCCUGCCAGGCGCCCCGGCCCUUCGGGGUGCCCGUGUCCAUGUCGGAGAAGGACCUCCACCUGCCCUUCCCGUCGGCCUCCUACACCUUCACCUCCAUGUACCACCACCACCACCACCACCGCCAGGGGGGCGGCGGCGGCGGCGGCGGCGGGGGAGGCCCCGUGUCCGGGAGCUUCGCCGCGAGGGACUUCCCGGCCUCGCUGCUCCACCACCUGCACCCCCACUUCAACCCCCCCGGCCUGGACUGCUCCCCGCUGGGCAUGCUGAACCACGGCGGGCUCCAGGGAGCCUUCCGACCCUUCUCCUCCCCCCACGAGGACAGGGACCUGGGGGCGUACCACUCGGCCUUCACCCCCGCCAAGCGGCUCAAGGGGAGCUUCGGCGAGGUGGAGGGGAAGGAGUUUGGGGACUUUGGCUCCCCGGGCGUCGGGUCCCUGAAGGCCGGCGAGGAGUCGGCGGGCAGGAAGCUGUUCUCCAUGUCGGGGCUGCUGUCGGACCGGGAGGCCUCGUCCAGCCCGGAGGAGCUGCAGGAGCGCAUUAAGGUGAAGGGGCUGUACGACUCCCAGGCUCCGGUGUGUCCCGUGUGCCAGACUCUGCUGAGACCAGGGGAGUUCCAGGAACACAUGGAGCAGGAGUUAGCCAAAGUAGCUCAGCUGCAAAUCAGCAUCAUUCCAGUGCAGCGUAACCAUCUGCUGGGGACUCCCAAGUCGCUCGCUCUGUCCCUGCACAUUAAACACGAAGGGGGCUCGCCCUCCUCUCCUCUCCGCACCAUCGAGGACGUGCAUUCGGACAGAUACCAGACAUUUCUACGCGUCAGGGCCAACAGACAUACAAGACUGAACGUCGAAGACCUCUGCUGGUGCAGGUGCUACGUCAAAUCGGCCCCAUUACGACCCCACAGCGCAGGAGCCCACCUAGACUGCGUGCAAGCUGUCAGGAUAGGCAAACUGAAGAAGAGGAAACAAGAGGAAUCUCAGGAGGGCCCUGCGGAGCUUGCGCCGUUAGAGGAUGAGUGGAACGACAGGAGAAAGAUACAGAUGACAUCUACACCGGCUGGAUUUAAAGGUGCAGGCCUGGGUCGCGGGGCGGCCCGGGAGUGUCGGGACAGCGAUGUGGACCUGGACGUGGAUGGAGACGACACGCUGGAGUACGGCAGAGCCCAAUACACGGAGACAGACAUCAUCCCAUGUUCAGGAGAGAGCUCUAAAGAGACAGCAGUCAACGGCCAUGAUUCCCGAGUCAAUUUAGAAUAUCCCAAGUGGCCAAAAGAAGAGGGCCCGUCCACCAGCAGUGAGAGUAACAAGGGAGAGGGCAGCCUGUCCGGUCUGCACCAAACUUGCCAAAACUCUGAGAUUGAGACGGUCACAGAGAAUUCUGCACUGACAACGCUAGACGCACUUAAAGCCCGGAUACGGGAUUUGGAGAAACAGCUGUCAAAAGGGGAUCGCUUCAAAUGCCUCAUCUGCAUGGACUCUUACACAACCCCUCUCACCUCCAUCCAGUGCUGGCACGUUCAUUGCGAAGAGUGUUGGCUUCGAACACUGGGAGCGAAGAAGUUGUGUCCCCAGUGCAACACCAUCACUUCCCCGGGGGACUUGAGGCGGGUCUACCUGUGAUCGCGUCUCUGCUCUGGCGAUUCUUUUUAACACUUUUUAGCCAAUCACCAGUGAACUGAAGGACAGCUGGUCUGUCCCAGUAUCUCCGUGUCAUGACCACUCUGGCGAUCCGCUCCCAUCAACCUGGUCUUCCGUUGGUCUAUGAGAGGAUGUGGACCCUCUCAAAUACAUACACACACACACACACACACACACACACACGCGCACACGCGCACACGCACACACACACACACACAC